AUGGCACAGGUUCCGCCUCCGAUUCUCCCACACAGCACAGAACUUACAUACCUAGCGGAAGGUGCUGCCAACAUUGUGUAUCGCAUCAGUAUUCAGCCUCUUACCCCUGAGUCUAGUUUACUCGAGCAAUACGGACCGGGAACGCCACCACCCACCGAUAUUGAACCUGGGGAUGAGGAUGAGGAUGAGGUAGAGUACUUGAAUGUAUUUGAUUCCAAACUUCUCCGUCUUCGCAAAAACCUCUCAACUACCUUCCCAGUUGCCAUUGCCCAAGCAAAGUGGGAGCAUCUCGUAGCCCCUUUAUUCUCUCCUGACCAGAUCGUCGAGCAAUCUCUCGUGGAUCUCCGGCCAGGAAAAUUUAUCACUCGUCUGAACCAAAAGCUUCGGGAUACUGAAUCUGGAGCGGAUAGUUCCUCUCGUCCAACCAAUCGUUUGGGUAUCUACCUCGCUGACGAUGACUAUGGUCUUCUCGUCACGGACAUGACGAACUUCGAUAGCGUUGGCGGCGAAGAAGUUCAUGAGUUCAAACCAAAGUGGCUGCUUCAAUCCCCCUCAGCCCCUAAAGAUGCCGUCCGCUGCCGUCAAUGCGCUCGCAGUGCACAGCAGAACGUGGAGCGUAAAGUUAACGGCAAGCUCUGUAAACAGUACCUGUGUCCCCUCGACGCCGUAUCAGAUGACCCUCGAGGCAUCGCACUGGCCGCUUCGCUCAUGGGGACCUCGGAGGGUAAUCGUCGACGUAUCAAGCGCUGGCUCGAGCAGAGUACACUUCUGAAACGGCUGCUUCAUCUGCAAGCUGAAUUAGAUCCCAUUGGAGUCCUUACCCACGACCCCGCAGACGAGAAGUCCUGCGUCGCCAUGACCCUCCGCGACUGCACCCUCUUCCUCCGGCUCCCACCAAACGAGGCUGCCGAUGCCCUCAUCGAAGCCCGACUCGGCGAUCUCGAUGUCAAGAGCCCAGACAAAGCGCCGUAUUGGAAGCAGACUGAACUGGAGCUGAUUAAUGGCGGAUUUUACCAGGGAAGAGAUGGACUACCGCUUGAUUGUGCGCUGAGUCCGGAUCAGGAU